GCGCGCGCAACGUCCGUCGCCGCUUGUACGCUCAGUCGAUCAGAGUCGCGCGUCGAACCGAGACACACCGGCGUGCGCUCGCAAAGGCCUAAAAUCCAAAGGUAUUAUAGUACCGACCGUGUUCGUUACCUUGAAGGUAUUCAAGCCAUCGAGCAACGACUUAGUGAGAAGUGAGUGAACAGCUGACUGCCGGCUGCCGAAUUGUGUGUGAUUGGAGAUUUGAUGACAGCGAAAUUCAGUGAACUAUGUGCCAGCCCAGCUAGCAGCCAACAACAUCCCACACAAGUGAUGCACAGAGACUUCAGCCCCCUCUAGCGCACCAGUUCCCCCUUCAAGAUGUCUGUGGAGACCCAGGAGUACAUCAACGGCAUGAGGGAAGGCCCCCUGACCAGAGAGAUCCCAGAAUGCAUGCGAAACAAAUAUACUAUAGUGCAGACCGUUUUUGAUAUUAUAUGGUUCCUUCUCCUCGCCGCCGGACAUAUCAUCCUAGGGAUAUACAGAUAUAUUGUCGGAUAUCCUAAGAAGGACUUGAAGGGGGGAAUAGCGGUGGUGACGGGCGGAGGCGGCGGCCUAGGCAGUCUCAUAGCGCUUCGCCUCGCUAGAUUGGGAUGCAAAGUCGUGUUAUGGGAUAUUAACAAACAAGGACUGGACGACUCGGAAAAACUAGUGAAGGGUAUUGGAGGGGACUGCUACUCUUACGUGGUGGAUCUAACUGACAAGGAAGAUAUUUACCGCGUUGCGAAAAAGGUUCACGAGGAAGUCGGCAGGGUGAGUCUGUUGAUAAACAACGCCGGCGUGGUGUCGGGGCAGUACCUCCUGGACACGCCGGACUAUCUCAUACAGAGGACGUUUGACGUCAACGUUUUGGCGCAUAUAUGGACGGUAAAAGCCUUCCUGCCCAAGAUGAUAGAACACAACGACGGCCACAUAGUGACCAUAGCGUCCAUGGCGGGCCACGUGGGCGUGGCCAAGCUGGUGGACUACUGCGCGUCGAAGUCUGCGGCCUGCGGCUUCGAUGAGGCCCUGAGAUUGGAGCUGGAGGUGCGGGGCGCGAAGGGGGUGACCACGUCGCUCAUCUGCCCGUACUUUAUCCGGUCUACGGGCAUGUUCGAACAGGUUAAUUCGAGGUUUGUGCCUCAACUGAACGCGAACGAGGUGGCGGACCGAGUGGUGCUCGCCAUCCGCACCAACGAGGCCAUGGCCGUCAUGCCGGGCUACUUCAGUUUACUGCUGCCUUUCAAAUGGAUCGUUCCCUGGCCAUGCCUAUCGGAGUUCCUGCGGCGCCUGGUGCCGGACGCGGUGCCGGUGACGCCGGGCGCGGCCGCGCAUGCGCCGGCGCCGACGCCGGCCCGGCCCGCGCCGCCGCCCGCCAAGCCCGACGCGCGCCCCAUGACGCUGGCGCCGCCGCGCCGACACGACAGGCACGUCUGACGCACAGCGCGCCACGGGGGAUGCGACAUGUGUGGACUUAGGUGAUAUUGCUAACUGAAUUACCAUUAGAUUGGACCUUUGUUAAGUGACAAGACAGCACUUUUAGCUGCCUUCUCUAGGGCUCUAAGUUCUAAACUGAGUGGUCGAUGAAAUUUUUAUAGGUAUUUUGACCAAUGGUACCAAGUACGCGGUACUUGUGAUUGAGGCAGCAGAAGAAAAUGACUGGUAGCUCUUCAGCCACGUUGUUUUUGUGGCUAGAAGCCAUGAAAGAUAACUAUAUCGUAUGAAUUGUAUUGGCGAACGAGCUUCAGUUAGCCGUAUCGCGAUAUCUUUGCGCGAGUUAGAUUAAUCCCCAGAAUUGUUAUAUCGUGAUGCAAAGAUGAGAGACUCUAUCAAAAGGUUUAAAGGGAAAAACCUAGUGAAUGCUGUGAGUGAGAAGCUGAAGCUUGAUUUGUUAUUGAUUAAUGGAAUUUUAUGCAAUCAGCAGUAAAAUGCGUUUUACUACACUUCUGCCUCAGUUAUUUUAAACGGAAAGUAGACCCAAAUAACUGUAAGAACGAUAUGGUUUUCGAGUUAUUCGGCAUAUUGGUAAAGUCUCUCACGGGUAUUUUGAUACGUACGUACUUAGUUAAUUUUAAAGUUGUUAUAGCAAUUGUUGACCAAAAAUUGCGUGUACCUAAUUGAGAUGUUGCGUUUCAAAAGUAAUUGAGGUAUAUUUAAGGUUCCCGUUAUCGCAAAUGUUGUGUAAGAUCAGUUUGGAUCAGUGCCCUACAGAAAAGUGCCAUCGACAAAAUACGUAACUUUUGGUAUAGAAUUUCAUUAGUACAAAUUGAUUAAAUGUCGUGAACAUUUUCUAAAUAAUGCGAUUAAAAUAAAAUGGGACCUUAGAAUACGAUCCGUAUUUCUGCAUAAAAUUACAAUACCUGUACAUACAUAUGUCAUAUAAGUAAGCAAGUAUUUAAAACGUUCUCAGAUCCGUUUGAACCAGCUUUUAGAUUUUAAUGUGAGGUAAGGCAGAGCUAAAAUAUUGGUAGGUAAAGUAAAAAUGGCCACUAUAUCUUACCUACUCCGUUUAUGUAGUCCAUUUAGUAUCGAAGUGGAUGUAGGAUGAAGGAUGAAGGAGUUACAUUACAAGGCCCCCGGUCUUUCCUACCUAACACUUAAAGUGUGGAUUCAAGGAAAUCAAUAGCGCCACUGAAUUACGUGUUUGGUAAAGGAAACAUCUCCAAUAUAAUUAUAUGGAGGCCGAGUUCUAAUAAGUUCGAAUAGGCCUCAUGAUCAGUCUUAUAGCGUUGUGGGACCCUAUCGUUAUGAGGUUAUGACGAUAACAUGACAUUUCAGUCACAGUCGUAGUGUCUCUAUGUGAUAAUGAUAGAGCUUCCUUUGUGCUGCAAAGUCUGGUCAUAGACCGUUAUACCUAUUCGUCUUUUUGAAACCGGGCCCUCAACUAAAUAUAUACCCUUUAAACGCCACGCCUAACGUGCAGUGUUGGCGAAAUUGACAAUUCUUGACCAUUAACCAGUACAAAUUGAACCGUCAACUGUAACCGUCCGUUACGGGUCAAUUUGUAAUGGUUAUUGGUCAAUUGCAAUUAACGUUCGGCCAACACUGCUAACGUGCGUGGCGCGUCAUCGAGAACUUUGUCGGUGUGCUCGAAGAUCAAAGGGAUAUUUCCAUUUCAAUCGACAUACGAACGCCGACGUUCAGAUUUUGUAACGGCGCUGUUUGACUUUAAGGUUUACUUACCAAGUUUUCGACUUUAACUUAGGUUAAGUAAUGUAGUGUAUUGUUACUGUGGUACUUAGUCAAACUAAGAAACGACGAGGAUGUGAUAGCGAUUACCUUAUACGAUAUUGUAGAGACAUCGAUAUUAAUUACAUUCCAUAAUUAAGUUACCUUUUAAAUACGUAAUCAUCAAAUGUACUAACGAAUACACUCUUCACCCACAAAAUAAGUACCUAAAUUGGACCGUUCCGUAGGCCUAUUUCGAAUAUCUAUCUAUCAGAACUUUUGAGAUCAAUGAGAGACCUUGAGGUCGAAUAUUUUAAAUAGCAUUUGACAAAGUCGCUCGUGACGAUAUGUAUAGAAAAGCGUAAUUUGUAACGGUUUAGACAAAUUUAAUGUAAUGAAGAUUUGCUGUCUUUAUCAUUAACUUGACUCUACUAUUAGAACUUUGACAUUACAAAUGCUAAGUAUGGCUAGCAUGCAAUGCAAAAAAAAAAGAUGUUAUUCUUUCGUAGCAAAGAAAAUUUAUGAAAAUAUUUUUAUUAAAGUGAAAUUUCUUAUGCUGCGGUUCGAUAAUCGGUACGUAAUUUGAUUAGAAUAAAUAGUGAAAUCCCGCUGAGUUAUAUCAGAGAGGGGAAAAAUAUGAUGUAGAGAGAAAGAAAAAUACAGCUAAAAAUAAAAAUUAUUUAUUCAUUCCCCCUUUUUAAUAGGUACGCAUCUACUGUGGGUAAAGAUAAAAAUUAAUUUCUUCAAUUUGUCACAAUUACUAUUAAGUUGUUCUCAACGAAUGUUGAAAGUUAUUUACUAGGUAAUACUAAAACAUAGGUUGUAAGGUAAACGUGAAUUUGAAAUUUGCUCAAUUUUGGCUUAGUAGGUAUAUGUCAAUAAAUUACUUUUAAUUCGGGUGUUAUGGGCUUCCGUGUAAGUGAAUGUAUAUAAGUAAUGUAUAACGCGGAAUUGUGGCUGUUAUAUUAUUGGCAUAAAAAGGUAUAUAUGGUGUAUAGCAAAUUACGAAAAAUAUAAACCUUGUGACAUUCUUAAGCAGGAGGGAACAUAGAACUCUACUUGUUGCGAAGCUUUGCAUUUGUAUUAAUGCAAUAUAAAUAGUAUUAAGCCCCUGGGGGCAGCCAAGAUGACAAUGAAUAGAAAAAAAAAUGUAAAUUGUAUAUUUCCAUACAUUAAUUAAGGAUUAUGGUUUUCUAUCAAUGAUUGUCUCUUUGGCUGGCCCUGCCAUGUUAUACGUCCCUUUUCUUUGAGAAUGGCACAUUCUAUUAUAAUAAAUUUAGUUUACCUACCUAAUAGAGGGACCUGUAAAGUUGCAUUUAUUGCAAAAAAAAACUGUUAUACGUUCAGUUAUAAAUAUUUUUGUAAUAUGUUAAAAAAAGGGAAUAAAGAUAUAA